UAAAGUCUGCGUUAUCAUGGUUUUCACUCAUAUUCAAGGAUUCUGUUUCAUUGUGUGUUUUUAACUCGUUUCCGAUCAAAGGUCAUGUGUUUCUGCGUCUUAUAUCGGGAGAUGAAUGAGAACAAAUAUUAAGCGCUUGAGCAGAUUCUGGAGGCGCGUUCUUUGUGUUCGUUACGGUAGACGCGACGUUUCCCUUUGGUUUCACUUUAUUCACAAUCAUCAUGAGCAGAUCAAAAUGCGGGCUGACGAGUCUCGCGAAACCAAUGGUGAUUUCUAAACCAGAAGAAGCCUUUUAUAAUCGAGCAGGACUAAAAUUAGACUGAAUCCGGAUCGUCGCAGAAGAGCGUUCAGACUCGCUUCGGAUUGUUUAUCGCGAACGCUUCGUAAACAGACGCAAGAGCUCAGUUUAAAGUUCACGCGAUUAUGACGGAAUCCCGUGUUGUCUCAGGAUCGUUCCUACAGUGCUGAAUCAUAAGCGUGUUGUCUCGUCCAGUGAGGUGCGUCAUGGCUCUCUCAGGUCUCACACUGGCUGGCUGUGGAUCUCAGCGGAUGGAGCAGGAGGUGGAGGACGAGUUCACCUGUGCAGGUGUGUUGAGGGGGGUGUUGCUGACGCUGCAGCCCUCCGUCGAGCGAGUGUUUGGGGUGAAGCUGAGUGUGGGAGGAGAGGAUGGUCCAUCUGCACAGAGCGGUCAGAUCUGGCUCCAGCUGCGAGGGACUGCAGGAGACGUGCAGGCAGCUAAGCUUUUUGUGAAAGGGGUCGUCAAUCAGGAAGCUCAGCAAAAGAUCCAUUUCCCUGAAGUGCUUCACUGUGUCUUCUGUGGAGCUAAAGGGCUGUUUCUGGAUUGCCUGAUUAAAAAUACCUCUGCUCAAAUAGUGGUGAGGUCUCAAGGCAUCGUCUCCAUGACCGGGCUGGCAGAACCUGUGGUGAAAGCCUAUUCUCUUAUUACUGACCUGGUGGAGAAGUACAAGAGCAGCCAGGGACGGCGCUCCGAGGCUGGACUCGAAUCCCUGGAGUCACGUCGGGCCUUCAAAGCCAUCGUGGAGAGUCUGGAGGACUGUCACACCCUGGACCUGCUGGUGUUACCUGUGCUGGUGAAAGAGGUCCUGCUGGAUUUGGUGAAGCAGUCCGGAUUGGACUCGCAUGCAAAACGGGAACAAGAGGCUCCAGUCCCGGUUGAAGUCAAUGGAGCAGGACUCGAAUCCCUGGAGUCACGUCGGGCCUUCAAAGCCAACGCAGAGAACUCACAUUCCCAGCAGGCUCAUCUUUUCCCUCAAUCCUCACACAGAAAUACCAGCACGAAUGAUUUCAACAGCCAAUCCUACACUCCGUUUUCAACACACUUUGAGAUCCCAGAGUCUCCAGAACCAAGUUUGCCACAAAAACACGAACCCGAGACGCCACCUCAGGACACGGUCUCGUUGCCCGCAGGGAGCAGAGAAGAUUUUGACCACCUUCUCAAGUUCUUCACAGCCAUGGGAUUUGCCGAUGAAGUGGUGCAAGUCGUUCUAACUCGAACCGGCCCUAAAGAAGCCUCACAACUUCUGGAUUUGAUCCAGCAGGAGCAGGAGAAAACCGACCAGCGAAACAACAGCUGUGAGUCCCAGAAUAUGGCGGGAGUUGGUGGAGAAAUGCAGGAGGCUCUUCAGAUACUAGAGGACAGUAAAGGAAAAGAGGGAGACUUUGUCUUGGACGUGUUGAAGAAGGCCGCGGCUACUUGUGGCUACACCGAGGAGAGAGUAAUGGAACUGUUCAUCAAUCUACCCGAGCUCCAGCCACACGAGCUGCUCCUGCAGCUGCAGAAAGAAGGAGAGGUGAACCGGACAAGAGGAGGCAGCAGAACAGCUGAUCAGAACAUUGCUCCAGAUCUCAACACUGGAAGCAGAAAGUCAGAAAUGAGGAACGCAUCUAAACCAGUGAACAUUAACGGCAGGCCUCCACCGGUGAGAGGACCGCCGCAGAUGACAUACUCCUUUGAAACCUUGGACUCUGAAGUGCACCCAGUGGCUUCACCCGUCCGGUCACCUCCACGGACCUUCGAUAUCAGUUCGGCAGACAUCUCCAACCAAUCCGCUGUGUCCAAACCUAACCAGGGCAGACCGGGAGCGGCGUCUGUGGUCACAGGGCCUCAGCGGUUCCUCGAGAGCCUCAAGACGCCCUUCAAACUGCAGCUGUCGGACGAGCCGGGUGACAACACGCUGCGUCAGAUCAUCGUCGAUGGGAGCAAUGUCGCAAUGAGUCACGGUUUGGGGGUGUUCUUCUCCUGUCGAGGCAUCGCUCUGGCAGUGCAGCAGUUUUGGGCGAGAGGUCAUCGUGAGAUCACCGUGUUCGUCCCUCAGUGGAGGCAGAAGAACAACUCAAAGGUUAAAGAAAGGCAAUACAUGAAUGAACUCUUCGAUCUGGGUUUCCUCAAAUACACUCCAUCCAGAGAGGUCGAGGGCAAGAGAAUCAACUCAUAUGACGACCGAUUCAUGCUGGAGCUGGCGCAGAAGACCAAAGGAGUGAUUGUGACUAAUGACAACCUGAGAGAUCUGGUGGACGAGUCGCCCGCCUGGAGAGACAUCAUAAAGACAAGUUUGCUUCAGUACGUGUUUGCUGGAGAUCUUUUCAUGUUACCUGACGAUCCUUUGGGCCGCGGUGGACCUCAUCUGAGAGACUUCCUUCAUAAACACAACAGUAGUGUACCGGUUCCCAGCGGUCAGUCGUUCGCAGGUGUGUCUGCGUCCUUCUCUCCUCCGCGCACACACACUGAGCUGCUGCAGUACCGGGACUGGGCCCCGGGGGGUCACGGCAGGGGUCAGGGGUCAGGCAGGGGUCAGGAGGUCAGGGAGCGGACGGCGGAGGAGACGCUGAAGCUGCGGGAGAGUUUAGUGCAGAUGUUUCCAGCUCAGGAGAGCGUGAUCAUCAUGAUCCUGCAGUGUCACCCGACGGUCAGAGACAUCAGCCGCCUCACAGACCUCGUCCUGGAGCAGCAGGAGUAAACAACACCUGCAUCUGAACUGUGCUCCAGACCAAACACAACACAAGAUUUCCUCACCAUCCCAGAACUGUCUUCAGUUCUAAACAUAAUGUAUACAUUCAACAUGUGUAAAUGAUGAAUAUACGGUGGGUGAGACGAGCUGCAGAAGAAAACUCAUGAAAAUAAGCUCCAGCAAAUUAAGAAAACCUCUUCAUCAGUUUGACACAAACUAAUUAAGAAACUGUAAAACAAAUGAAGAUGCUUUCAGGUGUUGCAGGUGUUUUUUUUUGUUUUUUUUCAGCCAUCGUAUGUUGUAUUAAUUUUAACUUUUGUUCGACACACAGUUGUGCUUUUAGACGGUCUUAAUUUGAAAGAGUUAACACUUGAUGUUUUGUUGAUAAUAUUUAUUUCCACAUGUUCUGUUCUUGAUGUAAGGAUUAUAAAAAAGAUGACGAGUGUUAGACACCAAAUCAGCCAAAGAAUAUGUCUUCAUGAGUUUGGGUUUUCAGAUUCGCUCUAAUCUGGGAUGUUUACAUUUUUAAUUUUUAUACAGAUGUUCAUUAAUGUGCUCUAUUCUUAUUAAACAGCUAAAUUAAUCAGGUUG